GUAGAAUUGUCAGUGAGCAAUGGGUUUGCUUAACCACAAAAGUGGUUUGAUGUGGGUAAAUGCGGACUAUCAUUUAUAAAAUUGUGUUAUAAGAGGACAACAGGAUGUCUGACGUCAUAGAGAAGACAAUCGCUUCCCUCCCGAAAUUGUUCUCAGAUGGUAUCCGGGGAUCACCAGGGGAUAAGAGCUUGUCUACUAAAAAGCUGAUGGGGAGGGCAUUUCAUGGCUUUAUUAGAAGUGUCUGCAGGUGUCGUAACUUAGCGGAGGAAAGAGCAUUUGUUAGUCAUGAACUGGAACAAAUCAAAGAAAAUCUAAGCAGAACUGGUGUUUCACAGGACUCCGUGUGCGACUAUCUAUGUCGCCUCGUAUUCUGUCACAUUCUUGGAUACGAUGUCUCCUUCGGUCUCAUCUACACACUUAAGCUGGCGCAGCAAGGUUCUGGACUAGAGAAAAGAAUUGGUUACACCACUGCCAUGUUACUCCUUCAUCAGGAUGAUGAACUAACUCUUCUAUUGAUGAAUACCAUUCAAAAGGACCUGCACAGUACUAAUAUUUUGGACAACUGUAUUGCGCUGUCGGCUGUCUGUCAUCUUGUCAGCUCAGACAUUAAUGUCAUCAGUAUGUUCUUACCACUGGUGCAGAAGAAAUUACAGCAUCCAAGGGAACUGGUAAGAAUGAAGGCAGCCUGUUGUAUCCUGAGGUUUAUAAAGACCAUCCCCAGCUACCAGCGCCACCUACAGGACAACAUCAGAAAGCUUCUGUAUGACAAAGAUCCAGGGGUCAUGUCUAUAGGGAUCAAGAUACAGCUAGAACUGCUCAGGGGAGGAAAUCAGAACAGCCAGAACUUAACCUCUGACCUGAUCAAAAUUCAACAGCAAAUAAUGAACAGGAGCCUCCCAGCAUCCUUUGAAUAUCAUGGCAUUCCAUUACCAUGGUUACAGAUAGACAUACUGAGGGUUUUGGCAGUUCUUGGUAGAGAAAGCAAAAAGAACAGUGAAGACAUGUACCCCCUGCUGAGAGAUCUCUUAGAUAAAAUUAACAUGAGAGAGAAAAUGGCUUAUGCUCUCAUGUAUGAAUGCAUUGUGACCAUCACAAGUAUUUUCCCUCAUCAAGGACUUCUGAGUGAAGCAAGUAUAAGAGUAAAGAAAUUCAUCUCCUCAACAAGUUAUGUCCUCAAGUACAUAGGUGUGAGGGCGCUGACACAUUUAAUCACUGUGAGUCCAGAGAGUACCACAGACUGUCAGAUGAUUGUAGUAGAGCUUCUAGAUGACCCAGAUCCAGCUAUCCAAUCAAAGACUGUUGACCUUCUGUACAGUAUGGCCAAUGAGAGCAAUGUCAAGGUCGUUUGUAGUAAGCUUGUGGAACAUUUGGAUCGUCCGGGGAGUAACUUCACCAAGUCAGAACUCGUCAGAAAAAUUGUCAGCCUGACCGAGAACAAAUAUAACCUGGAUGGAGGCUGGGUCAUUGACAUCACUUUGAUGAUUCUUAAAGUGGAAAGCAACAACUUACCUGAAAACUUAGUGGAGAGACUGCUGAAUAAUCUAGUCAAAAUUUUGGACCUACCUGUCCAAAGCAGUCGGGUACCAGAGACAAUACAACAUGCUGUUAAAAAGUCUGUACAGGGCUUGUUCCAGGAGAACUGUUCUAAAGAACUAGUCUGCAUUGCCACCUGGAUUCUAAGUGAAUGUUCAAGCCUGUUGAAGAAUAUGCCAGAAGACAAAGUUAUGUCCCUUCUUCAGAAACAGUUUCUCAGACCGUCAUUAGAUGUCAGCACACGUCUGUGGAUUCUAUCAUGCAUGACUAAUCUAUUGUGUGGGGGUAUAUUGAAGCCAGGGGUUGUGAAAGAGGCAGUAGAGAAAAUGAGAGGAAUGGAGCAGAAUUUUAUUUUACAGCAGAAACUUCUUGAAUGUCACAGACUCUGUGGAUCACCACUUACUGUGGAUCUCCAUACAGAAAGACUGGAUACUUCUGAGUUUGACUUCACUCUGUCUUUUCUGGAUGACUUUGUGAUCGAUUCUCUGGAGAAUGGAACAAAGCCUUACAUGCAUAGAAAUCUACGGAUGCCACAAGCUAAAGAUGCAUUGUUUUCUGGGUUUGGCGAGUCACAAGCUAUAAAUGAGUCUGUCCACUCAAACUCACCAGGAAAAGUAACAAGUCCAGGGAACAAGUCGGCAACAUCUGACUCACAAAAUGUUGACCUUAAACUUGAGGGUGUCAGCAAAGUUUGGGGAGAGGAAGGAUUUUUGGAGCAAGAAACCAGACAAGGAUAUAUUCAUAAUAAAGAGUCUGAUGAAAAACAGAGGGAACUAGACAAGAAAAGAGAACUAGCAGCAGCUCUUUUCAGUGGAUUUGACAUUCAAAAUAAGGUUGGUGAGAAAGAGACUGAAUUACAGGAUCCAUGGUCUGAGGAAGUUCCCCUAACACUGAAUUCUACCCCCACAGACUGGAGAGCUCUUAGUGCCGAAGAAACCGAAAAGGGAGAUAAUUCAAAUGAAUUCUUAGUAAAUGAUGAGACUAGAACAUCCACCAAUUCAUUAGAUUUUUCAGAGACUAAGAUAUUGUCAGAACAAGUCACUUCCAGUGAUGGACUACUUUCAGUUAGUGAACAUAAUUUAGAUGUUGAUGACCGUAAUAAGAAGAGUUUUUCAAAUAAUCAACUGCAAUACCACGAAAAGGACUUCAAUUUAGAGAAAGCAGAGUUUUACAGCAGAGAACCCCCUCCCCUAUGUAGUGAAGACUUUUCUGAAGAUGGAAUGAGUUUAUUCGAUAAGCAGCCAUUUUCUGGUUGUGAUGAAGAUAUGGAUGAAGGGAGCCUCAUGUUUAGUCAGGAAAAUGUGGAAAGUUUCAGCCAGUUAAAUUUAGAUACCUCCCAAACCAAAGAUGAAGAAAGUGAUAGUUUAUUUAGGAAAACGAAAUUAAAUUCUUACAGUAUACAGAGUGAUUUUCCAAACAAAGAAGCAAUUCAAAGAAAAGUCAGUGUUGACGAGGACAAUUUAUACAGUCAGUAUAAUACAUUAAGUGAUAGCGAUGAUUCUGAUAAUGGUGAUAAUGUUAGCUAAAACAUCAACAUUCUAGGUAUUUAUUAAUUGAGUUAUAUGAUUGAUAAAAGCUAAACAUAAACUUGUAAUUUUACUUGACAACAUGUAUUUGGCUUAAAAUACAAUCUCGGGGAUUUUUGCAUAUAUACAUGUGUAAGUGCAUAUUGUCUUCCCAGCAAUGUUAAAUUGUUAUUUUGCCCAAACACAAGUGUGAUUUGCGUGAUAACUGUGAUAAAAGUUCAUGAACAAUAUAUGGAGUAAGACACACAAA